AUGAAAUUAAAUAUUUCGUGUGCAACGAAAAUUUAUCCAUUAGAGAUAGACAUUGAACAACCUCCGAACAAUAAAGAUGAUCAUCAAACUACCUCAGCUCAAGAAGACAGUACUGUUAAUACGAAUACAACCAAUGCGGAAAAGAUCUCAACAUUUGGAUCACUGAAACAGCAAAUAUGUUCAUUGUGCAAUAUCUGUCCGAAUGCUUUAAAAAUCGUUCACAGAGGACGUAUUUUAAUGGGUGAUAAUUCCACUCCGCUAUCAUCUUUUAAUUUUAAAGAAAAUGAUAAAUUACUGGUUCUUGGUAAACCACCGACAACAGAAACAGAUGUUGGAUGGAAGUUUAAAAUUAUCCAAACUUGUCCAUUUUUAAAGUUACUGGUGGAUUUCGAGCGGAAGCAUACUGUGGCUGUAUCUAAAACAUAUGCAAAGAAUGAAAAUGAUCUGACUCAGUUGGAGAAAAACUUUUUGAAAGAUCCUGAGAGGCGAGGAUAUAUAAUGGGAAUGGAUAAACGCUUGAAAGGAUACGCUGAAAAUUGUAUGAAACUCUUGGAAACUCUUGACGGUUUGCAAAUCAAUAAUAAUAAUACCGAUGGAGAACAAGCUCAACGAAAUCGCGAAAAACGGAAAUUCUUAGUGGAUGGACUACAGGACGCACUAAAUAAAAAUGAUAAACUAAUGGCACGACUGACUGAUUAUCUAAAUCAAUGCGAACAUCCUGAAACAUCCUGA